GCAAAAACUUUGCGGUCGGCUGUUGAACUAUAACGACAUUCCACGAGCUCUUGAUAUAACUACUAUUUGGUAUUUGGAAGUUCAUAGUUUCCAUCAUUGCAGCCAUGUUGUCAAGUCGGAUCGCAGUUACUCCCUUUGAAAUGAAAAACAUACUCCAUUUUUUCAAGAAAAUUGUUUAUUCUCAAACAUGACUGGAUAGUUUAUCCCUCAGCGCACUCGCAACUAUCCGAAAGAUUUCGUAUUUUCAGAGUUUAUCACCGACCGAAAAGGAAGUUAUAUGACCUGGCAACAAUCCAAGAUGUGCCAACGGUGCCAUCUGAACAUGGUGAUGGAAAGGAGUAUAGUCAGCAUAAGUGGUUGAUGGUGGUUUGGGUCAGAUGCGAAUACAGCCGCUGCGCCAGCCGUGGGCAGCGUAUCGGGGUCGUCCAUGACACGCGACGAUGUAAUAAUACCAGGAUGUACGAAAGUUGGCCAGAUAUUAUUCAUCAUGUAAAGUCAGUCUCGACUAUUUCAAAAAGACUUUAAAUCAACAAUUUAAUUAUAUUCAUUCUGUAACGUCACCAGCUGUAAGGGUUUCCAUGGCCAGUGGAUGGUAUACCAGAACGUAAGAAAAUUGACUCGCAUACAACAAAUCAACAAUAGUGUUUUCCACUGAAACGACUGUAUGAGUAUUCUACUACAUAG